UCACGUGCGUACAAGCGACUCACAGGAAAAUAAAGCCGACAGAGCUGUGCAGAAGUUUGAGACACAGAAACCAUGUCCAUCAGUGCUGAGAUGGAGUUGCAGCUUCCACCUCAUGAAGGAAAAGAGCUCUCCGUGGUUGACAUGCACACUGGGGGAGAACCUUUACGGAUCAUUGUCAGUGGCUACCCAGAAGUGAAAGGUGACAGUGUACUCUCCAAGCGACACUACGUCCGGGAACAUCUGGACCACAUCAGGAAGGUGUUGAUGUUCGAGCCGAGGGGACACUAUGACAUGUAUGGAGCCCUGAUCGUGGACAGUGAGCUACCUGAGGCCGACCUGGCUGUGCUGUUCAUGCACAAUGAGGGCUACAGCACCAUGUGUGGACACGCCGUCAUUGCCCUGGGGCGUUUCGCUGUGGACUACAAGCUGGUGAAAGAACCACGGUCACCAGAGACACAAGUGAACAUUCACUGCCCCUGUGGUCUGGUUAAGGCUUUUGUUGAGUAUUCUAAUGGAAAAACAGGAGGAGUGCGGUUUUUAAGUGUGCCAGCAUUUGCAUUUGCAACAGAUGUGACAGUGACAGUGGAGGGAUUUGGCGAGAUGAUGGUUGACAUCAGCUAUGGAGGAGCUUUUUAUGCCUUUGUUAAUGCCCAGAGGUUUGGUCUAGAUGUGAGAAAAUCCAAGACUCGAGACCUGGUCGAUGCAGCCACAGCAGUGACCAAAGCCGUCAAAUCUCAGGUGAAGUUGCAUCAUCCGACUAGUGAUGAUCUGGCCUUCCUCUAUGGCACCAUUCUCACAGAUGGCAAAGAUGAUUAUUCGCCUGAGUCCACCGCCAAUAUCUGUGUGUUUGCAGAAGCUCAGGUGGACCGAAGCCCCACGGGCUCAGGUGUCACAGCUCGAGUGGCGCUUCAAUAUCACAAAGGUCUCAUCCAGCUGAACCAGACUCGGACGUUUGAGAGCGGAGCCACCGGAUCACAGUUCACCGGAAAAGCUGUCAAGGAAACCAAGUGUGGAGACUUCAAGGCCGUGGUGGUGGAAGUCGCUGGCAGAGCUUUUUACACUGGAGUUUCACGCUUUGUGCAGGAGCCAGAAGACGAGCUGAUGCAAGGGUUCCUGCUCAAGUGAGCAAAGGUUUUUAGUUCAACAUGGUCACAUGUUUAAUAUUUUUUUUUUUCUCUCAAAAUCUUAAGUAGAAACAGAAAAAAUCUCUUAUGUCCUAAUGAUGACAUUGGAUCCAUAAUAAAAACUCAUUAGUGACUA